CCUUACAGUACCUGAUUGACUUGAACGCAGUUUCGCAGCGACCGAACUCCGGUGACACCAACCACCAGCGAGAAUCCAGGAAAGCAGUGAGGAGGAGAAAGACAUGCGGUGCUGUGCGAACAGGCGCCGCGACAUCCCGGAACUCGCCGGAACCCAUGACGGGCGACAUACGGAUCGCGGACGACCGCGGCAGCACCAACACGGAGCAAGAGAUGGCCUCGGUCUUGCUCUCCCACAUCGCCAGCGCCUUGGAGCGGGUCGGAAGUGCGUACGGAGCCACAUUGAGGUCGCGGCUGAGUCCCGAACCGGAUUCUUUAGGGGAUCUGGAUGUCUCUUACUUUGGCAGACUGGAGCCAGAAAGCAGGGAGUCUGAGCUGCAGGAAAGUGGCAGUGCCAGCCUGGGAGUCCGGGUGGUACACCACCCGGGCUUUAUCCUGAAAAAAGAUCGUGCUUGGCGAUACCGCAAAUCAGUGUGUGCCAGCGUUCGGAGUCCAUUGCAGAGAGUGAUGCCCGUACAGGAGGACCUGCUUUACCGAGGUUGCCCGUGUAGCGCAGGGCCUCCCGACCUGGGGCGGAUUGGGAGCAGGCGUUUCUUCGACCGGAAGACCAGGAGGCCCUCGGAACCGGACGAUUUCCCCUCGGAAACCCUUGGUCAUGGCUCCCAUCCUCCAGCCCCAACGGACACUCUGGGUGACGUCAGCGCCAGACACCAAAGUCUAAGGACAGAGCUGAGCGUGCGUUCGGAGCGGGGGGGUUACUCCCCCGUCCUGGGGGGCUUGAGGUCGCGGAGAACGCUGCCGCCCGGACCCCUGGCUUGCCCGGACUCUCUCCUGAAGAGGCUGACGGGGGUCGGGGGGGAUUCCCAUCCUCCCGGCGCAGGGGCCGGGGCGGGGCCAGGCUGGGGCUUGGUGCUCGGGCAAGGCAGCGGAAUCUCCAACGGGCAACAGAGACCCUUAAAGGGAGGGGGCUGCUCGGGGGCGGAGAGCCAGGCCGGCUCUUCCCGAGCCUGCCUGGAGAAGGGGGAUUCCGGGUCAGUGUCCUAUCAGCAGAAUGUGGCGGGGCGGGGAGGGGGAGGCGGGGGCUGCUCCGAUUCCCGUCUCCCCCACGACGUGUACGACCCCUUCAGCCCCACGAAUGAGGAGAAUGUCAACGGGGAAAUGUCGGCCGGGGGGCGGUGGUCUCAGGAGAGGGGGGGGGAGGAGGAGGAGGAGGAUGAUGAGGAGGAGGAGGAAGGGGAAGGUCAGGAGCAACGAGAGAGGGGGAACGAGGAAGAGAAUGAGGAGAAGUACGACCCCUUCGAUCCCACCGGCUCCAUGGGGAGCUCCAGCGACCUGACCCCCAUCCGCGAGGACUCCGAGGGCGAGCUGAAGAUCGUGAGCGACGCAGAGAUGAGCGAGGAGGAGGAGGAAGAAGACGAUGACGAGGAGGAGGAGGAGGAAGAGGAGGAGUGUUUGAGCCCGGAGUACGAGGAGGACGUGUCUCCGCGCUCGGCGGGGUGCGUGUCCGAGCCGGGGGUCCAAGCGGAACCCCCCGUCCUGGCGAGACGGGGACUGAGGCCUACAGCUCCCCCGAGACCAGGGCCUUGGAGCGUGAGGGGGUGCAGGGGCAAAGCGAGCAAGGUGGAGACCCCGAUAUGGAGACGGAGAAGAUGGGCUCCUCUGGAACCCCGGGGCCGAGCCGCGACCGGGAGAACGCCCCGAGCCGGUCCCCGAGCCAACCGGGAAAGCCACAACCAAAUCCGGGGCGCGUUCCGACCGGGACCGGAGCCGGAAUCCCCCCGGCCCGAAGCCAAGCCCGCCAGCCGGGCGGCCUCCAAGUCAGGGGCCCGGCAGAGGAGUGGCGGGGGCAAGGCGGAGGGCUCCCGCAAGGAGAAAUCGGAGGGGAAAGGCCGCUCGAAGGCCGAGCACAAGGGCAAGUCGGCUUCCGACUCCCGCUCCCACCACAAGUCCCACAGGGGGGCCGGGGAGCGCAAGGCGGAGAGGAAGGCGGAGAGGAAGGACAACCUGGUCUUCACAGUCAACAUGUCGUCCAAGUGGCCCGAGGAGUCAUACGAGGACUCGGAGAUCGAGGAGGGGGAGAUCGUCCCCCAGGAGGAGGAUCGCUUCAGCCCCGGGCGGGGGGCCAGGGGGGGGAGGGGCGGGGGCGCCGAAGAAGACGGAGCGCCGGCGCAAGGCCUCCUCCGGCCCGCGGCGGGACAAGUACCGCAAGCGCUCGCGAUCCCCGUCGGAAUCCAAGGGCCGCUCUGGCUCCCGCUCGGAGUCCAGCUCCCGGGGCCGCAAGAAGCACAAGCGGGAGCACCGCAAGGCCAAGGAGGGGCGGCGUUCCCGGUCCCGGGAGCACAAGCGCUCGACCUCCAGGAGCCGGCCCCGGCCCAACCGCAAGAAGUCCCGCUCGCGCUCCCGUUCCUGGGAGCGCCGGCGUUCCGGCUCCCGCUCCCGCCCAAAGAUCUCCAAAUCCCGCACGCGCUCCCGGGAAGGGCGGCGUUCCCGGUCGUGGUCGCCGUCCGUCAGCGCCAGCCUGCCCGCCAUCGGCUCGCUGCGGCCCUCGGCCGAGAGGUGGAAGUGCCGAGCGGCGCCCCCGCAGGUCAGGGAGAGCGCCGCGUCCUACCAUCGCUCCCGCUCGAACAGCAAGUCCCGCAAGGAGAAGCACAAGAAGGAGAAGUUCCGGGAGCCGGAGCCGUCCGGCAAACAGCGCCGCUCCCAGGACAAGGCGCCGAAGGAGAAGCGAGUCCACAGCCCGUCCCCCCGCCGGGCGAAAGAGGGGAACGAGAAGGAGAAGGACAGGGGGCGGGAGAGGGGCGAGAAAAGCACGAGAAAGCGGCGCAGGGCCGGAGGGACAGCAGGAUCGUGGUGCCCCCCUCCAUCCAGGAGCUGAACGACGACGACGACGACAUCUUGAUCAAAGCUCGCUCCAUCACCAGGACCAUCACCGUGAACAGCCUGGACGAGCGGGAGGGCCUGCUGGACGAGAAGCCCGCUCCCCCGCCCCGCCCGGCCCUCUACGACUCCGACGGGCCGGGCUUCGAGAACAGUUUCUCCGACGGGGGGGAGAGGGGCGGGGAGCCGGCCCCGGGAAAGGCGGGCGGCGCGGGUGGCAAGAACGAGCGGCGGGGGGGAGCGGGCGAUGGGUGCCACGAGAAGGGCAGCCGAGCCCUCCAGUCCGGCUCCAAGGCGGCCAAGAGCAAGGACAGGAAACGACUGCAUCCGGACGACAAGCCGGUCAAGGAGAAGCGCAAGAAGAAAGCGUUGGGCGGGCAGAAGGGGGCGUGCGGGGCGGAGGGGCUGAAGCCGGAGAAGAAGGGGAAGGAGCACCCGGUGGAGGUCCAAACAGUUAAGAAGUCCGGCAAGUCCUCCUCCUCCUCGUCGGCCAAAGAGCAGGCGCCCAGGAAGGUCAAGCUCCAAUCCAAGGUGGCCGUACUGAUCCGCGAUGGGGUCACCAGCUCCACGGUCUCGCUGAAGGAGGAGCGCGGGAAGGGAGGGGGUCUGAUCGGGGUCAAGUUCAGCCGCGACAAGGAGAGCAGGUCUCCCUUCCUGAAGAGUGAGGACAGCAAGGCUCCCGAGCCCAAGCCCCCCAAACCCAGGCUCGAGAUCUCGGACCUCAAAGGUACCGGCGGAGGUGGGGGAGCUAAGCCCCUCAAAGCUUCCAAGGGGCUUCCCAAGAUGAAGUCCGCAACCAAGAAGUCCAAAGCCGGGGGGGCCAAGACCAGGGGGUCCGGGAAGAAGAGGAAGGAGCCGAAAGUGAAGCCCGCCCUUAAGAAGGCCAGCCCCAGCAGCGGGAGCAGUAAAGAGUCCAGCCCGCUGCGGCUGAAGGAGGAAUAUUCCUGGUCGGGGUCCGAGAAGUCGGACGACAAGCUGAAGCCCCCCAGCCCGACGGCCAAGGAGCCGGAGGAGCGCGAGGGCAGCCCCAUCUCGCAGGGGUCCGAGCCCCACGUCCAGACCCCCGACCCACCCUUCGUACCGAAGGAGCCCCCACAGGCCCCCCCGCCCCCGCCCCCACAGCAGCAGCAGCAGCCCCCGCCGGCCAAGGAGUACCUGGAGAACAGCGAGGCCUCGGGGAAGGUGAACGGGGAUAAGGCCCGGGCUCCCGGCAAACCACUGGCCUGGGAUCUGCAGACGGGCGGGGGCAUGCUGGCACUUACCGCCCUGCUGUUUAAGAUGGAGGAGGCCAACAGAGCAAAGGCCCAGAACUCAAUACAAGCAAUCACACAGAUAUUGAGUCAGGCCAAGCCCCCCGCACCAUCCUCCCACCCACCAGUCAGCCAGCCCUCCUCCCAGUUCCUGCUCCAGGGGGGGAUUCCGCUGGCGAGCACCGCGACCGGCUUGCCCCCCCUCUCGGGACCCACCGCCCACCCGCCCGCCAGCACGUCGGGCAAGUUGAACACCACCUCGCUGGAGAACGCAGACACCACCAAGAGCGAGGGCACCAGCUUCAUCGACAGCAGCAUGGACUCUGAUCGGUACCUGAAGAAGCUGCACACGCAGGAGCGAGCGGUGGAGGAGGUGAAGCUUGCCAUCAAACCCUUCUAUCAGAGGAAAGAAAUCAACAAGGAGGACUACAAGGACAUCCUCCGCAAGGCUGUACAUAAGAUCUGCCACAGUAAGAGCGGCGAAAUUAACCCCAUGAAGGUGGCCACCCUGGUGAAAGCGUACGUGGACAAAUACAAGUACGCCAGGAAACACGGCAAGAGGGUGGACGAACCGCCUCCCGGCCGACAGAGCAACGGCAAAGAGAGCAGGAAGUUAGACAAACACGGCAAAUUCUUACCACCCACGUAAAAACGCACACAACAGCCCCCCCCCCCCCCACCACACCACACACCUACAGCGAGCAGAAACGAGAGACCGGUUUUAUUAUUUUACUGAAAUAAUUUUACACGACCCUCUCCCCC